UAUAUAUAUAUAUAUAUAUAUAUAUAUAUAUAUAUAUCUCCCACUUAUCCAUCUCCUUGUUUCCGCUAUCUAGAGAGAGAGAAAAUCCAUUACGUUAAACCAUAGAGAGCGAAAGAGAGGGAGGAACAACCAUAGACACAAUUAUAUAAUUGGAGAGAAGAGAGAUAGAUCCUCGACGAAUUUUUGAGAGGAAAGCUUCUUCCGCUUUUCAAAUCAACUUUUGAUCAAUAUUCGAAGAAGAAAGACAAAUAAAGAUAUGCAGAGGUAUACAUAGAGAGAGAGAGAGAGAGAUUGGGAGCUACGAAUUGGAAAUUGGAUCGGCACGGACAAAGAUGAGUUCGAAUGUGGAUUUGGUCAGGUCGAUUGAAUCGAUAGUGGGAGUGUCGUUUGGAGAAGGGGUAACUGAUCUGGUGGUGGUGAUCGUGACGACGUCGUUUGCUUUGAUUAUUGGUUUACUGGUUCUAGUAUGGAAAAGAUCGGCUGAUCGGAGUAAAGAAUCAAGGCCUGUGGUGGUGCCGAAGGCGGUGUCGGUGGAGCCUGAGGAAGAGGAGGUUGAGGUCGAUGGGAAGACUAAGUUGACUGUGUUUUUCGGCACUCAGACUGGCACUGCGGAGGGAUUUGCUAAGGCUUUGGCAGAAGAGAUCAAAGCAAGGUAUGAGAAAGCAAGCGUCAAAGUCGUUGACUUGGAUGAUUAUGCUGCCGAUGAUGAUCAAUAUGAAGAAAAACUGAAGAAAGAGUCAUUGGUAUUUUUCAUGGUGGCAACUUAUGGAGAUGGGGAGCCGACCGAUAAUGCUGCUAGAUUUUACAAGUGGUUUACUGAGGGAAAGGAAAGGGAGCCAUGGCUUCAGCAGCUUACAUAUGGUGUUUUUGGUCUUGGCAACCGUCAAUAUGAACAUUUCAAUAAGAUUGGGCAGGUAAUAGAUGAGCAACUAAGUGGACAAGGUGCAAAACGUCUUGUUCCACUAGGGCUCGGAGAUGAUGAUCAGUGCAUUGAGGAUGAUUUUUCUGCAUGGCGAGAGCUAGUGUGGCCUGAGUUAGAUCAAAUACUACGAAAUGAUGAUGAUGUAAACACUGUGUCUACCCCAUAUACAGCUGCAAUUCUUGAAUAUAGGGUGGUGAUUCAUGAUCCUGCUACAACUACAACCGAGGAGAAGAACUUAAAUAUGGCUAAUGGCAAUGUUUCUUAUGAUAUCCACCAUCCAUGCAGAGUUAAUGUUGCUGUUCAAAGAGAGCUUCACAAGCCCGAGUCUGAUCGUUCUUGCAUACAUCUGGAGUUUGAUAUAUCUGGCACUGGCAUAAUAUAUGAAACUGGUGACCAUGUGGGUGUUUAUGCUGAGAAUUGUGAUGAAACUAUUGAAGAAGCGGUAAAGUUGUUGGGUCAACCUUCAGAUUUACUUUUUUCUAUUCACACUGACAAAGAUGAUGGCACUUCCCUGGGCGGUUCAUUGCCACCUCCUUUUCCUGGUCCUUGCACCCUUUACACUGCACUUGCACGUUAUGCAGAUGUAUUGAAUCCUCCUCGAAAGGCUGCUUUAGUUGCUUUGGCUGCUCAUGCAACUGAACCCAGUGAAGCAGAAAGGCUUAAAUUCUUGUCAUCGCCUCAGGGGAAGGAUGAAUAUUCUCAAUGGGUUGUUGGAAGUCAAAGAAGCCUUCUAGAGGUGAUGACUGAGUUUCCAUCAGCAAAACCUCCUCUUGGUGUAUUUUUUGCUGCUGUAGCCCCUCGUUUACAGCCACGUUACUACUCUAUCUCGUCCUCCCCUAGAUAUGCUUCUGAUAGAGUUCAUGUGACCUCUGCACUAGUUUAUGGCGUAAGUCCUACUGGCCGGAUUCAUAAAGGGGUGUGUUCAACCUGGAUGAAGAAUGCAGUGUCUCUAGAGAAAUGCCGGGACUGUAGCCGGGCUCCUAUUUUUAUCAGGCCAUCUAAUUUCAAACUACCAGCUGAUCCUUCAAUACCAAUCAUCAUGGUGGGACCUGGUACUGGCCUGGCACCAUUCAGAGGAUUUCUACAGGAAAGAUUGGCCCUGAAAGAGGAUGGUAUUCAACUUGGCCCUGCUCUACUGUUCUUUGGAUGUAGAAAUCGUCAAAUGGAUUUCAUUUAUGAAAACGAGCUCAAUAAUUUUGUGGAGCAAAGCGUGAUAUCAGAGCUGAUUGUUGCAUUCUCAAGGGAAGGGCCGCAAAAGGAGUAUGUUCAACACAAGAUGAUGGAAAAAGCAGUCCAAUUCUGGAGUUUAAUAUCCAACAAGGGAUAUCUUUAUGUUUGUGGCGAUGCCAAGGGUAUGGCCAGAGACGUUCAUCGCACAUUGCAUACCAUUGUCCAAGAGCAGGAAAAUGUGGACUCAUCAAAGGCAGAAGCCAUUGUGAAGAAACUUCAGAUGGAUGGACGGUAUCUUAGGGAUGUCUGGUGAUCAAUUGCAAAGUUCUCUCUCCAGGGUUGUUUAAGGCAUUUUUGGUACGCAGAUUCAUUUUUACCCUGCCUCAAGUUUGUUAAAUGUAUUCUUCUCUCUAAUUGAUUUUAGCGGCAGAUCACUGGCAGUUUAGAUCCAAACCUCGGUUAUUUGCACCAGAUAAGUCUAGAUGUAUGUAUACUCUUCUAUCAGAUGACUAAUUUAUUUCUACCUUGUCAUUCUCUCUGUUCGAAAUUGAUACAGGAAACAAAUUGUAUUACUUGGUUACAGUAUAUCAUAUUGUUGUAGGUGUUUUUUUAUGAAUAGUCUUGAAAGAACAGUUAUGUAAAUGAAGGCGAUGUAGAAACGAAGCUGAUCUUUGCUCAUUGCUCCUCAUUUGAUUAUUAUGUUAAUAAUUGCUUGGAGUGUCAUUUUUUUUUUAAUGUUGAACAAAUGCUUCAUUACUUGUAAACUUGGUGUUCAGACUGUCAUUCUUGAUAAGAAUUAUAUCUGGUUCUCUUUAAGUUUUGUUGAUCUUUUUGUAGU